AUGGCUUUCAACGCUUCGGUCAGCAUGCCGAAUAUACAAUCCGCGACUUCCGAGAUCUGGUCGGUAAUGAACUCGCAAUGGAAGCGUGCCAACAUAGCCUACAGUUACCCUCAAAUUCGCCGCGAGCCCGUCCAAACAGCACCGGUAUCGGUCGAACCCCUUUCACUUCCGGAAUCCUUACAGUCAGUCCCCUCAGAUAAGAUGAUGCUUGGGCAGGUGUAUCGGAGACCAACAUUCGGGCAAAACACAUUAAGAACUGCGGGCAUGCUCGUUCGUGCGAGUAACUCCCUCCACUCUUCUCGGAACUACUCGUCGCUCUCAACUGUUGGUUUGAGAGGACUCCGAAAGCCCAAUAUGCACGGUCUUUCGAAGUUUGACCAGCAACGGUUUUUGUUUGGGGGGUUAUCGCAGAACUUGCUAGCGCAGAAGGAAAAAGCGGCCAACAGCAAUCCCGGCAGUGCGAAUGCUCAGAAUAUGUUCUAUCAGUCUCUGCUACGUGCGAACAUGCCUGCUAUUGUUGUGGAACGUCAUCGUACGGGUCAAUUUGCCAGUAAUGCAGCAACCGAGGCCAUCUAUUUGAAGGCUUUGCAACGACUUGGUGGCGAUGGCGCAGUUCAGGGGGCAGUUCAAGCCACUGGUCAAACGCUGGAUCCCGAGCAGUUACAGUCCGUUGGGCAGGCAGUGGCAGCUCGCACGCAUGGCAGCCAAGUUGGUGUGUCCACAAAGCAACCGGGCACCGGAGCUAAGGAGUCGCCGUUAUAUGUGGUUGUCGAAGAGUCCUUGGGCAGCUCUGUUUUCCGCUGGGUUAAAUUCUUCCUCUAUUUUGGCUUCUUUACCUAUAUGUCUCUUGUCUUGGUUACCAUCUUGGUUGAAACAACCGGCGUUCUGAAGAAUGUUCGAGGUACUCAGAGUAACGAAGCUACGCCUCAGCAGCAGAAAGUUCGUUUCAGCGACGUUCACGGUUGUGAUGAAGCAAAGGAUGAACUGCAGGAACUGGUCGAGUUUCUGUUGAACCCCGAACGAUUCUCCACCUUGGGCGGUAAGCUGCCUAAAGGCGUUCUCUUAGUUGGCCCCCCUGGUACCGGAAAGACGCUUCUGGCCCGUGCAGUUGCUGGAGAGGCUGGUGUUCCUUUCUUUUAUAUGUCUGGAUCUGAAUUCGAUGAAGUCUAUGUUGGUGUUGGCGCCAAGCGUGUUCGAGACUUGUUCAAUCAAGCCCGUUCAAAGGCGCCCGCCAUUAUUUUCAUUGAUGAGCUGGAUGCCAUAGGCGCGAAGAGAAACGAACGUGAUGCGGCAUACGUCAAGCAGACACUGAACCAACUUCUCACUGAAUUGGAUGGCUUUUCGCAAACCAGCGGAGUUAUCAUUCUUGCGGCAACCAACUAUCCCCAACUGCUCGAUAAAGCUUUGACCCGUCCUGGACGAUUCGAUCGCCGAGUUGUCGUUGGUCUUCCCGAUGUAAGAGGUCGCAUGGACAUCCUCAAGCAUCACAUGAAGAACGUACAAAUCAGCACCGAUGUUGAUGUUGGGGUCAUUGCACGUGGCACACCUGGUUUCUCCGGAGCCGAUCUGGAGAAUCUCGUAAACCAAGCUGCAGUUCAUGCCAGCCGGCACAAGCUGGAUAGAGUGGGUCCAAAAGAUUUCGACUGGGCUAAGGAUAAGAUUAUGAUGGGUGCAGAGGCUAGAAGUCGUAUCAUUCAAGACAAGGACAAAAUACUCACAGCCUAUCAUGAGGCUGGCCAUGCUCUCGUCGCUUAUUUCUCCCCUUCUGCUACCCCUCUUUAUAAGAUCACCAUUGUUCCCCGCGGCAUGGCGCUGGGUAUCACCCAUUUCCUUCCCGAAAUGGACACGGUUUCGAGGAACUACACCGAGUACUUGUCUGACAUUGAUGUUUCCAUGGGCGGUAAAGCUGCCGAGGAAUUAAUUUUUGGCCCUGACAAAGUGACGAGUGGCAUCUCGGCGGACAUCCAAUCAGCCACGGAAACGGCAUUCACACUUGUGACACGAUUCGGAUAUUCCAAGAAGCUUGGAAAUGUCGAUUUGUCAACAAACUAUGACAAAUUAUCAUCAGAAACGAAACAAGAAAUUGAGGCAGAAGUAAGGCGCCUCGUGGAAGAGGCGCGACUUCGUGCCACUAAGAUCCUGACGGACAAGCGACAGGAGUUGGAGCUGCUCACGAAGGCACUGAUGGAGUACGAGACGCUGACCAAGGAAGAAAUGGAACAGGUUCUCCGGGGCGAGAAACUGGAGAAGAUCCAAUCCAUUCCAUCGGCACCUCUCAAACUGCCCGAGGCGCUUGCAGCAACGAGAUUGAAUCCGGUAACGCAGGCACCUGAGAGUGGGACUGCAGCAAAAUAA